GAAGCGGGGGCUGCUGUUGGGGUGUUUGGCGAAGCGCUGAUGCAGGCGGCGCGGCACGUCGUGUGCGCCCUGUCCGGCGGGGUGGACAGCGCCGUGGCCGCGCUGCUGCUGAGGCGGAGAGGCUACCAGGUGACGGGCGUGUUCAUGAAGAACUGGGACUCGCGGGAUGAGCUGGGCGUCUGCACUGCGGACCGGGACUGUGAAGACGCUUACCGGGUGUGCCGGAUCCUCGACAUCCCGUUCCACCAGGUGUCCUACGUGAGGGAGUACUGGAACGACGUGUUCAGUGACUUUUUAAGUGAAUACGAGAAAGGAAGGACUCCCAAUCCUGACAUAGUUUGCAACAAACAUAUCAAAUUCAGCUGUUUUUUCCAUUAUGCUGUGGAUAAUCUUGGAGCAGACGCGGUUGCCACGGGCCACUAUGCCAGAACCUCGCUGGAGGACGAGGAAGUCUUUCAGCAGAAGUACAUUAAGAGGCCAGAAGGGCUUUUCAGAAACCGAUUUGAAGUUCGAAAUGCGGUAAAACUCCUACAAGCAGCUGACAGCUUUAAAGACCAGACCUUCUUUCUCAGCCAGGUUCCCCAGGACGCCUUGAGGAGAACCCUCUUCCCUCUGGGGGGAUUAACGAAAGAUUUUGUCAAGAAAAUAGCAGCAGAGAACAGACUUCAGCAUGUGCUUCAGAAGAAAGAGAGCAUGGGCAUCUGUUUCGUUGGUAAAAGGAAUUUUGAAAAUUUCAUCCUUCAGUACCUGCAGCCUCGGCCUGGGAGGUUUAUCUCCAUAGAGGACAACAGAGUUCUGGGAACACAUAAAGGUUGGUUCCUGUAUACUUUGGGCCAGAGAGCCAAGAUCAGCGGCCUGCGCGAGCGCUGGUACGUGGUGGAGAAGGACGGCGCCAAGGGGGACGUGUUCGUGGCCCCCCACACAGACCACCCGGCACUGUACCGGGACCUGCUGCGGACCAGCCGAGUGCACUGGAUCACAGAGGAGCCGCCCGCCGCCCUGGUCCGGGACAAGAUGAUGGAGUGCCACUUCCGGUUCCGCCACCAGAUGGCGCUAGUGCCCUGCGUGCUGACCCUCAAUCAAGACGGCACUGUGUGGGUGACGGCUGUGAAGGCCGUGCGGGCCCUGGCCCCGGGCCAGUUCGCGGUCUUCUACAAAGGGGACGAGUGUCUGGGCAGCGGGAAGAUCCUGCGCUUGGGGCCAUCCGCCUACGUGCUCCAGAAGGGCAAGAGCAAGUCCAGAGUGGCCAUUGAGGGCCCCAGCGACGGCCCGGGCAGUGGCCCGGGGUCGGGUCCCACACUCUGAAGGAGGCGGGGCUGCCGGUGAGCACCGGAGACGGACUCGGGAGCAGAGCCUGGGGUGGCCCGUGUGCGGGGAGCUUGGCGGGGUUGCCACCCCAGCUCUGUCCAGGCUGGCCAGCCUUCCAGAAAGCCCCCAGAGCCGGGGAGAGCCCCAGGAAGGCCUGCCCUGUCUUCUCCAAGUUGGUGCUCUGGCCGGAAGGACCUGCCGGCCGGCGGGCGUGUCCCAGGUGCCCUGCUUGUAGAGUUGCUUUUUCAUCUCCCGGGAGGUGUCCCGCCUGCAGGCCCGUUGGGGACUUGCGGAAGAGGCCGUGAGGACGGCAGCCAAUAAAACGUCUGUCCAGGACGCGGA